AUGCCUCUGCUCCCCGCUCCCCUCUUCACCAAACAGCGAUGCCUCACCCUCCUGGCCGCAGCCGCCUCUGCCGAACGGCUCCGGCUGCUCCACGCCCUCUUCGAGACUUCUGGGAUCCUCGAAGGGGACAAGUUCCUCGCCAGCGAGCUCAUCCGCGCCUUCGCCCUGUUCCCCUCCAGUGACGGCGCCGACCACGCCCGGCUCCUCCUCAACCGCCUGCCCGGACCCUCCACCGCAGCCUGGAACCACGUCAUCAGGGGCUAUGCCCGCGGGUGCUGUGUCCUGCGGCGGAGAGACAGCGUGGGGGUCUUUCUCGAGAUGCAUCGCUGGGGACGGCCGUUGGCGAGGCCCAACGAGCUAACCAUUCCCUUCGUCCUCAACGCCGCCGCGGGGCUGGCAGACCUCGAGCUGGGGAGGCAACUCCACGCCGGAGCUCUGAAGGGCGGCGUGGGAGCGGUCGUCUACGUCGGCAAUGCGCUGAUCCAUCUCUACGCCCGCUGCAGCCAGCUUGCAGAGGCCCGGCAGAUCUUCGACGAAAUGCCUGCUCGAACUGUGGUCUCAUGGAACAGCAUGUUAUCGGCCUACACCGAGCGCUCCUGCCUUGAUGAGUCUUUGCAGCUCUUCGUCUGGAUGAGGCGCGCCCGAUUCGAGCCCGACGAGACCACGUUCGUUGUCCUGCUCUCCGCAGCCGCCGAGACCAGCAACUUGGGCCUAGGGAAGUGGGUUCAUGGUCGCCUGAUCGAGACAGCGGUGGCCAUGAAUGUGCAGCUCGGGACGGCGCUGGUGGACAUGUACGCUAAGUCGGGGGCUAUCCGUUCCGCCCGCCGGGUCUUCGAAAGAAUGUCGGAAAGGAACGUGUGGACGUGGAGCACGAUGAUUCUGGGGCUCGCGCAGCAUGGGCUAGCCAGCGAAGCCCUCGAGCUCUUUGACACGAUGAAAAGGACCCCCGUGGAGCCCAACUGCGUGACCUUUCUCGGCGUCCUCGCCGCCUGUAGCCACGGGGGCCUGGUGGACGACGGCUACCGCUUCUUCCGUGAGAUGACACGAGAGCACGGUAUCCCGGCGAGAAUGGCGCACUACAGCGCCAUGGUCGACGUUCUUGGCCGCAACGGUCGUUUGGAGGAGGCCUACGCCUUCGUGGAGAGCAUGCCCAUCGAGCCGGACGCGGUGGUGUGGAGGACAUUGGUGAGCGCCUGCAGUAUCCACAGCGCCGCCGACUGCGGCGGCGUGGGCAGCCGCGCGCGGCGGAGGCUGCUGGAGCUGGAGCCGGAGAGGAUCGGCAACCACGUUAUUGUCGCGAACAUGUACGCGGAGGCUGGGCUCUGGGAGGCGGCGGCGGAGACGAGGAAGGUGAUGAGGGAUGGGGGCAUGAAGAAGAUGCCCGGCGAGAGCUGUAUUGCAGUGGGUACCUCGGUGGCGAGGUUCGUCUCCGGCGAUGACGCCCCCCAAGGCCACGACCAACUCUGCAGCCUGCUCGCUAGCCUCAGCCUCAACACGAGAACAGAGACCCGGAGCGCCACAGAUUGCGUCGACCUGUUUCUCAUCGGGUGA